AUGAUGGCCGAUCCAAGAAUGGCGGGCAACAGCCCAUACUACCACCGCAAGAAUAUGCCGUCUCCUACUUCGGCAACCAUGGGCGCGCCUGGUCGAAUGAUGAACGAUAAUAGCAAAGGAAUGUAUCAUCAAUACGGCAGCGGUGCACCACCUGCAAGCCCCAGUGGAGAAUCCUCAAUGAGAGCCAAGUUAUUGUCUCGCGAGCAAGAGUUGCGUGAAGAAGUUGCCCGUCUUCGACGAGAAGAACAAGAGUUACGAGAGCAGGAUCAAUGGAUAAAGCAAAGCAUUUUGGCCGUGCGGGAAAAGCUUCGAGCAGUGGAUAGAAGGCUGUAA